AUGACGGAUGAUCAUCCGUCCGCCGCGGAGUUUGACCCGCCAGAAACAAACCUGCCCACCACCUUUGCGAAAGAAAUCGUUUCACUCCCAACAUCAAUGUCAGCGGACUUGUUCGCAGAAUUUGGACUCGGGGCCCCAGCUAAUCAGUCCUCAGGGGCUACAGCCCAGCAGGGGGCCCGACCUGCCGGUACGACAUCUUCUCUAAUUCCCGAACUUGAAAUAUUCGACAAUGCUCCGCCCCCAGGUGUAUCUACGUCACACACCAUUCAGCCACAGGCGUUAUCGACCCAUCGAAAUACAUCGGAAAAGUCUAAUGUAUCACAUUUGACGCACUAUGGCAACGACAGUAACGUUUUAUUUGAUGCCACUUUGGAAGACCCCCCCGACGACAAUAGUGAAGACUGGGGGGAAUUCGAAACAGCGGACACUCCGUCUUGUCAAGCCGCACCAGCAAUCCUUAGUGACACUGAAGGAAACGCUUCACGUCGGCCGAUGAAGGGUCCAAACGAGCCGAAAAAGCUUGCAGUCUCCCCCGGUGGUCUUGAUUUGCUAGACUUGUUAUCAAUAGAAGAUAAACCACCGCAAAGGCGUUCUCAAUCCUCCAGAACACUUGUCAAUAAGAGCUCGAGUCAUAAAAACAGCAAAGUUGUAUCUACAGCUUCCGGCGUAGCUGAAGAUGAAGAUGCUUUCGAUGAUUGGGGUGACUUCGUAGACGGCCCGCCUACGGAACCCCCAAAGAGUGUCGGGGGCCACAGACUUGCUUCUGCACAGGUACCAACCCAGAAAGCGAAGAUCGCUGCCAAUCUAGAGAAGAAGAUCUCUCCAACGUUUAACAUUUCAAGCUCCGCUGUCUCUCCAGCUCAGAUCCGUCCUACCAAUAUACCUCCACCAUCUGUUCUGUUGGAGUUAUUUCCUCGACUUUUUGAUCAACUCCGAAAGGAGGCUACUGAAGCUAGAAAAAACGCCCAAGAAAAGCAAAAUAUUGAGAAUGUCGCCCUGCUGAUUCUUUCCACUUUGAAAGCAGCAGCUCGAGUUGUUGCGGGCCGCACGUUGCGAUGGAAGAGGGAUAGCAUCCUCAGCCAGAGCAUGAGGAUCGGCCCAGCACGCGCAGGGAAGUCAGGAGGGAUGAAACUUAAUACGGUCAACAAAAAUGAAGACAUCAAGGAACAACAGGAAGCUGUUGACGUGAUUUCCAUGUGGCGUGACCGGGCCGCCCUUUUCAAUUCUGUGGUCCAGGCAUCUGGCAGACGUCCGAUCAGUGCUAUUCCUACCAAUAUCCGCGCGAUGACUGCCACCCCUGAACAAGGAGCUCUGAAAGCUUCCCAUGCUUGUGCCCUUUGCGGACUAAAAAGAGAGGAACGGCUACCCAAGAUCGAUGAUCAGGUAGAGGAUAGCUUCGGAGAGUGGUGGACCGACCAUUGGGGUCAUACUGAGUGUAGACAAUUCUGGGAAACCAACGUUGCCUUACUCGAUCAACGAUGA